GAGUAGAAUGGUAGAAGGGAUGAGGAGUAUACAGAUACGCCUAUUAUUUGUCAAGAAAGCAGCCAAAAGCAAAACAUAAGAAAAAAAAAAUACAAACAAGUCAGACCAGAAUCAAUCGAUCGAUCUCCGUUGCCGAGCUUUCGGCAGACCUUCCCGAUUGGGUGAUGCCGAAACCCCGAGCUGCGGCUGCCGUCGGCUAACUGGCCCUGAGCCGGAUCACGGGGGACGCAACGCAACUCUCCGCCUUGACAACACCCGAACAUCGUUCCUUUUUUCUAUACAACUUUUUUUUUUUUUCUUUUCUUUCUUUUUACCACUUCCAAUUUGUUUUUGUGAGAUAUAUACCCCGUGGGGGAGUGAGGGUUUGUUUAUGUUGCUUCUGGCUCUAUGAUAUGACAGAAUAACCCAACUUAUUUCUAAUUCCUUCGUUGAUCGCCCCUUGGUCAUGGCUACCUCAAUCCGUGCUCCCUCCACAAUGCUCCUCCGCAGCCUUCGCACUGCCCUGACAUCCAGUCGCCAAUUGCGAAUAGCGGCGCCUCGUGGUGCAAUUGGCUCCCGCCAGAGCACAAGAUCAAUUUCCAAUUACACGCAUUCGCACCAGUCAUCGGCUAUAUCUGUCCUGCCAACAUCUGUCGACACCUCGUCGGCAGAUUUCAAAGAGAAUGCCGCUCAGAUGGAUGAGCUUCUGGCCAAAAUGACUGAUCUUCAUUCCAAAAUUGCCAAGGGAGGUCCUACAAAAGCGCAGGAAAAGCACAUUGCUCGCGGAAAGAUGCUUCCUCGAGAUCGCGUCACGUCGUUGAUUGACCCGGGAACUUCAUUCCUCGAGCUCUCCCCGCUGGCAGGAUACCAGGUUUACCCCGGCGAAGAUGUUCCCUCGGGCGGUAUCAUCACCGGUAUUGGAACAGUUGAGGGAGUCUCCUGCAUGAUCGUAGCAAACGAUAGCACGGUCAAGGGAGGCACCUACUACCCCAUCACGGUCAAGAAGCACUUGCGCGCACAGGCAAUCGCCCAGGAGAACAAGCUGCCUUGUAUCUACCUGGUUGACUCCGGCGGAGCCAACCUCCCCCACCAAGCAGACGUCUUCCCGGACAGAGACCAUUUCGGUCGCAUCUUCUUCAACCAGGCUAGAAUGAGUUCUAUGGGCAUCCCGCAGAUUUCUGUAGUUAUGGGACCAUGCACGGCAGGCGGAGCGUACGUCCCCGCCAUGAGCGAUGAAUCCAUCAUCGUCGAGAACCAAGGCACCAUCUUCCUCGCUGGCCCGCCACUCGUCAAAGCCGCUACCGGAGAGGUUGUAUCCGCUGAAGACCUUGGCGGCGGCCACCUGCACAGCUGCGUCUCCGGCGUCACCGAUUACCUCGCCGUCGAUGACGCACACGCCCUCGUCCUCGCCCGCAGAUCGAUCUCCAACCUCAACUGGCCCAAAACCACCCUCCCACUCCUACCCUCCCCCGCAAACCCAGCCUCCACAUCCUCCAUCUCCUCCACGAUAAAAGAACCCCUCUACGACCCCGCCGAACUCUCCGGCAUCGUCGGCACGAAUCUCCGGCGCCAAAUACCCGCCCACGAAGUCAUCGCCCGCAUCGUAGAUGGCAGCGAGUUCGCCGAAUUCAAGCGCGACUACGGCAGCACACUGGUCACGGGCUUUGCGCGCAUCUACGGCAUGCAGGUCGGCAUCGUUGCGAACAACGGCAUCCUCUUCUCCGAGUCGUCACUCAAGGGCGCCCAUUUCAUCCAGCUGUGCGCCCAGCGCAAUAUCCCGCUGAUCUUCCUGCAAAAUAUCUCUGGUUUCAUGGUUGGCGCGGAUGCGGAGAAGGGCGGCAUUGCGAAGAAUGGAGCUAAGCUCGUGACGGCCGUGGCGUGUGCUGAUGUUCCUAAAUUCACUGUUGUGUUUGGCUCCAGCGCUGGUGCGGGCAACUAUGGAAUGUGCGGCCGCGCCUACUCCCCCCGCUUCCUCUACAUGUGGCCCAACGCCAAGAUCGGCGUGAUGGGCUCCGAGCAGCUCUCCUCAGUCAUGGAGGCUGUGGGCCGCACGGUCGACCCGAAGCUGAAGGAGCGCAUCGACACGGAGUCCGAGGCGACGUUCUCGUCGGCACGGUUGUGGGAUGACGGCGUGAUUCCGCCGGCGCAUACGCGGAUGGUACUCGGGUUGAGUCUUACGGCUGCGCUGGGCGGGAGGGCUGAGGAGGUGAAGACGAAGUUUGGGGUUUUUAGGAUGUGAUGAUGGUUUGAAGCGGGAUUGGUUUUAUUAUUAUUUUACCUUCGUCCCAUUUCCUUUCGUUUUAUUAUUCCCUUUGUGUGUGUGUGUGUGUGUGUGUGUGUGUACGUAUGUAUCGACAGCACUUAUAUAUGAGAUUUUUCCAUAUGAUCGUUUUAUACUCUCUGACUAGAAAAAAAAAACAUUAUAUUAUGCACUUAGAUGGAGGUAUUAACUAUUACCAUUUCUCCCUUUGAGUAACACCUCUCGCCUCCG